AUCUUUUCGUCACCCGUCAAAUCGCAACGGUGAAGAAAAUCAACGAAAAAAAAACAGAUUGUUCACAAAAAUGUAAACCCAAGUUGCGCCAAUAUUUUUUGUCGUUUUGUAGUAUCCAUUUAAGAUCGUAAAUGGCAUACCCGCGCGAAGUUGUAACUCCGUCAAACUCGAGUCUCUUCCGGAAGAGAAAUCAAUAUGUCCUACUGCAAUAAAACUGACAACAAGAAACUAUCUUACGGCAUCGGUUGUUACAAUCACGGUCGUGCAACGGACGGUUGUUCAACAAAAUUCAUAUCUUCGUGCAAUUGCCGAAGUAACGCGGGAUGUCUGGAUCGCAGUGAUUGCGGUGGUUUGCGGUCCGCCGGGAGUCCCGUCGCGUGUUCCGGACCGUGUCAGUGCGCCGAAGAGGAGAUCUGGAACAGCAACGCGCCACCAAGACCGAACUGCCGAUGGUUGAGUAAUUUCGUCGAGUUGCGUCGUCAGUGGAGCAAUCACAGCCGCCAGCAGCCUGCGUGCUGCAGCUGCAAACGAUCGUGCAGAACUCUCGCUCCGUGCCGGUCUCCAUGUUCUCCACCGACGCCCCCGACGUGUUCCGGUGCUAUUUUAGCUGCGUCGGACUGUCAGAAAUGCUGCCGUCGUUUGUCGGGUGGGGCAAGCACAUCGAAAAUGGCACCGGUAGAUAAAUCGUCGUCACCGAAUCGACCUUUGAAACGGGAAGCGGGCGGUGGUGGUUGUUCGCUGUCUUGCCGCAACCAUCCGUCGACUCGCUGUAAUUCUCCUAACGCGGAUUGCUCGUCGACCGCCUCGUCGUUAUGUUGCCCUUCCCAAUGCGGCAGGUACUCCACACCACCUUCGUCGUCCAAGUAUCAAUCAUGUGUAUCACCUUUGAGGUCCGUUCUGAAGAAACGCAACUGUUGCCGUAGCAACACGGGCCAAUGUCUGUGUCAGCCGAUGCCGCGCGAUUGCAACUGUCCGCCGCCGAUUCAAGUGGACGCUCGCGCCGCUCGCGAAUGCACCUGCGAACGUCCGUCGUCCAGUAGUUCGGAAUGCGCGUGUCCACCUAGCGAGCGAAGAUUCCCGAAGACGACGAUCAAGUGUCCGAACGCGCGUUGUUCCUUUCCGAAACAAAUCCUGUCAAGUUCGAAAUACUGCUGCGCGCGAUGUCAACCCUGUUGUUGUUCAUCGCAAUCCUGCGAGCCGUGCACGUCUUCAGCUAAGCGCCGAACACCUGUUCAGCCGAAGAUGAUCUCUUGCCGGUCUUGUUCGCCGCAAUCGUCCUGUUCAUCUUGUCGCCCGUUGUCGACGCCUUGCGGAAAACUGACCACUUGCAGCCGACCCUCUUCGUCUUGUAGAACAGGACCAAUGUGACAGGUGGGUGCGUCCGGUAGGUGUCAGCUGUACAUCAUCGAGGAGAACGUUGAGUACGCAAACACAGGAAGGGAAGAACGGAAGUUGCUACGUCGUGUUGACUAAUCUCGGUAGCGUCGGAUAUUCCAUUCUCACAUCAGGUCCUCUGACAUUAAUAUUCUUCGCGUUAGUGAUCCUCGUCGUCAUUACCUGGCCCUCCGGUUUAACAUUUUACCGCCGUUGCUCGUCACGCAACAGAGGUUGCUGGAAGUAUUUGCGAUCGUACAAAUAUUUAUAAAAUAUACUGGACGCAAUGUUGAACACAGAAUUUAUAGAAUCAAUCUGAAACUUGUACGAAACUUCUCAAAACUAUUAAACCGCAAGUUAAUUUAAAUGGAAACCAAUCACACACACACACACACACACACGUGUACGCGCGCACACGUUGUUUGAAAUU